AUGUGGCAAUCUGUCAAAGGAGGACACCUCGCUCUUGUGAAGAGACUUGCAAAGAUGUUCCCUGAAAGUGUCAAUACUAGCGAAAACUCGAGUGGCAAUACACCAUUGUCGGAGUCACUCAUAUAUACCGUCUGGGAUGGUAUCGCAGAAGAGAUCACUGAAGAUCGGAUCGAGAUGGUUCGCUUAUUGAUCGAGUCCGGAGCGGAUCUAAAUCCCAUGAUCCCUGAGGGCGAAUUCUCUCCAUUGAGCAAAGCAGCCAUGAACGGAAGCGUCUCGCUCUUCGAAUUUUUCAUCCAAAAAGGUGCUCGAGUUUCGACCACAGAGUCCGCAUUGCGACCAUUAGAAGAGGCAGCAUCUACUGGGCAGGCCAAGCUGACCGAUUUUCUUCUGGAUCAGUUAGACGUGGAAACCGCGUUGCUUGGUAACCGCCAUGAUCUUGCCAUUAUUUUACUCGCAGCUGCCACCCGUGGAAAUGAAGCGAUUGUUCAGCGUAUUUUGGAAAAAAGCCGCUACCAAGUGGCGAAGUUACACCCCCUAAAAGUCCACCUUCUAUGUUCUCCUGGACCACUUACUUCUGCCGCGAGGUGGGGCCACGUCGGCACAAUGAAGCUUCUGCUGAAGCACGGUGCAUACCCAAACCGAGAGCCAGAAGAAACCAACCCACUAUUUGCGGCCUGCAUUGGUGGUCAUAUCCAAGCUGUCCAGGUGCUAAUCAGCCACGGUGUUGAUCUCAGUAUUAAAGGAGACGAUGGCAGGUCCCCCCUCAUCCCAGCAAUCAAAUUUCCGCCCCUGUUCGAGUUACUCCUUGAUGCAGGUAUGCCCGGCGAAUCAAACUGCAUAGACAGUUUCAACGUGUAUAGAUCUGGAGAAAUAGAGACCCCGAUGGGAGCAGCGGUAAAAUCUGGAAACGUGGCCCUGGUUGAAAAGAUGAAGAGCCUCAAGGUCAAUUGGAAUCUGACGAAACCUCCGCGCCCUUGGAUAACAGUGCUUAAGCAAGCAGCAGGAGGAGGUGUGCAAAUGCUCAAACUUGUACACCGAUAUGGCUUCGUCGCGAAUCCGGGAGAGGAUGAAGCGGAAGUUGCAUUCCAAAUAGCUAUCGGAGAAGGCGACUUAAAAGCCAUAGCAUUCUUUCUCGAGCGUGGAUUUGACCCGAACCCGAAGGAUAAUCCAACAAGGACAUUUUCCCACCUUGAGCUCGCGGUCAUAGCUGAAGUCUCCAAAGAAAAGAAAGGGACAAUUGAUCUUCUACUACGCCAUGGCGCGGGUGUUCAUAACCUCAGGGGAUUUUCAUAUCCCUUCUGUAAGCCAUCUGGCGGACUCCAACCCGAAGAGGCUUACUUGAGAUUUUACCGGAUUUUGUUAGAGCUAGGGGCAAAUCCACUGCCUGAGACACAGUUUGGCUCGUUUUCAUGGGCCAUGGCAGCCGAAAGAAACCAGAAAAAGGUUUCCCGGCUUUUCCUGCAAUACAUCGAAAAGCGUAAUAUUUCAAUUGCUGACUUGCAGCAUAACAUGGCUCUCAUCGAGGCAAUGCCAGUUGUUAUGGACAAUCGGCAUAUCAUGAAGUCUUGGAAGAAAUUUUAUUGGCGAAAGGUGUACCCUGUUCCAAGCUAG